UUUAUGUGAAAAGUCCUUCGUAGUCUUCCUCUUGGAUUCUAUAACUGACCAUACUGCGAUUGCCCCAGAGGCUCAUAAGUAAAUGAUUCAGUUUGGCUGAAGUUAGCAGUGCUGUUGGUAUAUCAAGUAUGAUUUACUCAACACUGUCAGCCAUGUUAACAUGUUCCUUGUUGCAGAAUAUUUUCAGUAGCACUACUUUGGUUGUACAAAGGUAUAUUGCUUUAAAAUGUAAAAUAUAAGAUGAACCUUGGCAUGGCUUGACUUGGGGUCCUUACAAAGUGGGGUCCUUACAUUUACCAAUUGUAACUAGAAGGUCGUAAUGUCAUACACUGCUAUAAUAGAGAUUUUUGUGGUCACUGCUUGAAGAAGGAUGUUGUGCUGAUGUUUUGGUGACUGCAUCAUUUUCCUAUGAAAUCUAAAGCUUGGUAUGAGACACAGAUCUUCUGCAACGCUUAUACAUUUUAACUGGACAAACAACCAAUCAUGCCCUUGUACGAGGGCAAGUCAAAAAGUUCUAAGACGAAUGAAAAAAAAAAUCUUUAUUUAUGAAAGUAACAAAGCUAUUUCUCUACAUAGCCUCCAUUUAAGUCAAAACACUUCUGCAAGCGACGUUUCCAUCGGAGGAUUCCUUCUUUGCAUUCCUUUUUUUUUAUUCUUUUGAAUUCAUUUUGAAAUCAUAACAUCUGUCUUAGAACUUUUUGACUUACCCUCGAAAACAUUGAUCAUAAAACCUUCUUGUGCUUGUUUCAUUAUUUUCUAUCUGGUACCUGUUUUCUAAAACUUGCACAGUAGUUAAAUCAAUGUUCCGUUUAACAUACAGCAAUAAACAAACAGUUAAUGUCAUUACGUAUAAUUAUCCCUGACAGGUUGUCUAAAUUAUGUUGCCAUGGGAACCAAACGCACAAAUCGGACCAUCGAGGAUUCUUUACAACUGCCACGCAGCCCAGCUACUCCUGACAGGGGCAAUCAAUCAAAUGAGUGGAUAAGUCGUGAGGCCAGACCUCAAGCUGGUCCAAAAAUCCAAGCUGAACGAGGGAGGGGAGGGGAAGACUGGAGAGCUCGAGAGAUGGACAGAAUACAGGACAGACCAAGAGAGGGAAGGAGGGAUGUUGAGCAAGAUCAGAAAGAACGGGAGAGAUUUGAUCAAUUCAAAGGUAGAGCAGAUGAGAUGGACUUGAGAGAAAGGGACCGAAGGAGAGAGCAAGGCAGAUACACAAAUGGAAAAUCUGCUGCCUUACAACAGCGCACAAAAGAGUACAGAGAAAGGGAGAACACUUUCCCUAGGACUAUGAGACAACGUAAUGAAAGAGAAAGAAAACGAUAUUCUAUUGAUCAGGGUAGCGAGAAAUUAAUGGAGAGAGGUAUGGGAAGGUUGAGGGAAAUAGACAUGACUGAAAGAGAGAGAGAAAGAGAACGAGCCAAAAAGAGGGACAGAGAUAUCCAGAGGUACAGAGAAAUGGAAAGGCAGAGAGAGAAUGAAAGAAGAAGAUUAAGGGAAGAGAUGAAAAGAAAUGCAGGAAGAAGAUUAGAGGAGGGGGAUUUAGACAAAAUAUGGCAGGACCCUGGUAAGAAGGAGAGAAGAGGAGAGAGACACACAGAGGUCAGUGACCAACAGAGUUUAAGAAGGCAAGAAAAAGCCCGGGAUCGAGACAGACCCAGAGAAGACUUGUUUCAUUCUCCACAAACAAGGAGAAUUAUAGUGGGAGAUAGAAAGAACUUUUCAGACAGAGAGGACAGAGAUGAAAGAAAGAGAACAGGGCCGAAAGAGAGACACAGACACACAAAGAGUGAGGGAGAUACGGAUGGGGAGAAAGAGAGAGAGCUUGAAAGGGAGGAGGAUGCUAUGUCUCUCAGACUUGAUGGAAGGAUCAAGGUAGACAAUGAAAAAGAAAGAACCAAGGGCAAACUGAGAGAAAGAGAGCGGCGCAGAGAUGUGGAAAGGCAGAAGGAAAGAGCCCGAAGAAAGGAGAAAGAAACAGCUCUGCAAUCUAGCAGGAGAGAAGAGAAUAAAGAAUGGAUGACGGAGAGAUACAAAGACAGAGAUGUGAGAGAGCGAGAUUGGGCCAGAGAGGAGCGAGGACAUGAUGGACCGAGGGAUCAAUUAAGGGGCGCUGAAGAUAGAAGAAGAAAGAAAGAAUUAAAUGAAAGCAGGAUGAGGGAGCACGAGAGAGACAGAGAGAGAGCAUGCAUACCUUCUGCAGAGAGAGAGAUGGACAUGUAUCCGGAAUGGUCGGACAGACAGAGACAAAACUGUUAUGAGGAAGAAACGAAAGGAAGGAAUAACCAAACAUGGAGAGAGACAGACAGGAAGAUACAAGAGGAAGCCCAAAGCAGCAGAGAGUGGAUGCCAGGAAGUGAUGUACAGGGUGACCAUCGAAGGAGAAGAACAACAGAUAGCUUUGAAGAGAAAGAGAGGAGUGCUUCUGAGAACGAGAGUGAGAAAAAAAGAAGUGAGGAAGGACAAGACAGAGAAUGGUGGUCAAGGAAAGAAGAGAUAAGAGAAGGCUCUGAAAAAGAGGAAACAGAAACGGAGAGAGAGAGAGAAAAAUCUGAGAGCAAAAAGAGACCACAACGGAAAAUGUGGCUGGAGCCUCGAUCAGGAAGAGAGAGGACAGAGUCAUUACAGGAAGACUUUAAAGAGAGACAGCAAGCCAGGGCGAGAUAUGCACAGCGAUACAAAGAACAAAAGACACCAAGAGAUGAAGAAGAAAUGUCCACCAAAAGGAAGAAUGGAGGAUUAACAAUAUUGCUGGAAGACAGGUGCAGGGAACUAGACAGUGCUGCAGAGGUUAUGAAGGAUGUUGAUCCUGAGAAUUUGGAAGAAAGGAUAGUAAGUGAUGAGAUGGUCUUUGAUAGAGAAGCUUGGUUAGAUGUGCCUUGGCAGUCGGAGGUAGAAAAUGUGUCUGAUAACAUGGAAGAGAGUGACGGAGAGGAAGAACAAGUGACCGAUACCUGUGUUAACUCUGAGGGUGAAGAGGGGAGUGAGGGAGUGUUGAAAGAUUGGAGGGACAAAGUGACGUCAGGAGAUAAUGGUUUAGUGAUGGUGUCCAGUGGUGCAGAAGAGGAUGAGGCAGAGGUAGACAGGUUUGAGGACUGUACAGAAGUCUGGGAUGGUGGAGAUAGAGAGGGUCUAGCUAGGCAGUCACCCACAAGCACUCAGCAAAGAGAGGAAGAGAGUGAAACCAGAAGGACCAAAGAGAGAAGUGACUCCAGUGUCACUGUCUUUUGUGUGGUUGGUCAAACUCUUCCCAGGUCAGGAUCCAACCAAAGCCCAUUCUUGGAUCACAUGGAGCAGCAGGAGACCUGUCAGGAGUCAUCUUGGGAAAUGGGUGGUGUUGGUGGUGAUCAAAAUGAAGCAGACACAGAGGCAGAAAGCACAAGCAUAGACCAUGGCCUCAGUUUGUCUGAGGAGGACAUGUCAAGCAGCCAUGACACUAAAUGCAAUAAUGCUGGAGCUGACCAAAUGACCAAGGAAGUUACCUCAUCCAAGGACUUGGUAAUUAGUUGUGAUGUAAUUGCAGAACAAGACGCUGAACAAUGCCCAACAGAAUCUAUUGACACACUGACAGAGAUUGAGGCCCAUGGGAACGCUCAGAUGAAAAUGACAGAUGGAGAAAACCAAGCGGAAGGACAAAAUGAAAUGGAAAGUGGUGGCCAUUGUGAGGGCCCAGAGAGUAUGGGGGGUACAAGGCGCAUCUCUGCUGCUCCGCAUGUCAAAUGGGCUAAGAAUGUGCUCACUGAGAUAUUGGGUUCUUCUGAGGAUGGGAUUGUUAUCAUACCCGAGUCAAGUGGUGAUGGAGUUCCAACUGAGGCUGAAAGUCAGGGAGAUGCACCCCUCUAUGCUAGUGUCCAGAAAUCCCGUAAGCCCAACCAUGACAGAGAAUGCAUAGACUCUGAGGUACAGCAUUUUAAACCAGAGGACACGAAGACAGAUGUACCGGUAGGAAAUGAAAUUCACUUACAGGUACAGGGGCAGUUGGAUGGAGAAGAAGACCUGGAGCGACUCUCUGACCUGCAGAGUCUCUCUUCUGAUAAUGAAACAGAUAAGGAGGGAAGCAGUAAAGAGGGAAGCAUUAAAACGAAAAAGAAAAACAAGAAAAAAGCAAUGUGGAAAAUUCUCGGCUCUAACAGUUUUCGAGAAUUGGGGAAUGAAGUAUGGGAAAAGACGGCUGGGAUCCGAAGGUCAGUACAGAAACACAGUGAAGAGGAGGAGGAGGCAGAAGGAGCUGGAAGGGACCGCAGAACCCGAGUCUUCAAAACAGAUGAGGAAUAUGAUGAACUGAGUUUCUCAUGGAGUGAAUUAGAUCUGAGGACUGUUAAAGAAACACUUAAAAGAUCAAAACUGAGGAACUCGAAAUUUUGCAAUUUUCAGUUGUAUCAGCAGUACAGCGAGGUGGUCCAGAACAGGGAGCUCAUUCACCAGUCUCAUUCCGAUGCUAGCUCCGUGUUCGGGGACACCCAUGCUUCCUCAGCACCCUCAUCUCCGUCUCAUUCCCCUACUCUGGCUCGCCGGCCCCUCCCACCUCUUCCUCCUGUGCUCCAUCCCCAUUCCAUAUCCCAGACAAACUCUGUCUCCAGUGGGAGUGGGUUGUUGAGUAUACCUUAUGACUCGUAUCAGAGGUCCGCAUCACCUCGGCUGUCCAGGUCCCUCGCCUCCUCGCCCAUGCUGUGGCAGGACCUGCAGGGAGUGAGGAACAACCCUGAUCUCAAACAUCUCAGCGAGGAUGAGCGACGCCUACAGGAGGUGAGAUUUGAAGUGGUGACAUCUGAAUCAUCAUACUGCAGCAGUUUGGACAUUGUAGUGGAGCACUUCGUCAAGUGCAAACAGCUCAACGUGCUCUUGACUUCACAAGACAAAAACUGGCUUUUUUCAAAGCUUAGUGAUGUCAGAGCUGUCAGUCACAGCUUCUUCUCCCAGCUGGAGGAAAGAGUGGAGAGUGACAUAAUGCACUUUACAGUGUGUGACAUCAUCAUCAAACACUGCCCAAAAUUCCGAGCAGUCUAUGUGCCCUACCUCACCAACCAGUCAUACCAAGACAAGACAUAUCAAAGAUUAAUGAAUGAGAAUAGUGGAUUUCGCCACAUUGUGGAAAAGUUGGAGCAAAGCCCCAAGUGUCAGAGACUUCCUUUACGCUCCUUCCUCAUCCUCCCAUUCCAGAGAAUCACUCGGCUUAAACUGCUAGUACAGAAUAUAGUAAAGAGAAUAGCUCCUAAGACAGUGGAUGAGGCACAAGCAAUAAAAGCCAUGAAAUUACUGGAGAAGAUGAUUCAAGACAGUAAUGACAGUAUAUCUCAGAUGAAGAACAUUGAAUCCCUGGUGUCCCUCAAUGCGAAGGUGGACUUUGAGUGCAAGACUCUGCCACUGAUCAGUCAGUCACGAAGGCUGGUGAAAGAGGGUCAAGUCACAGAGCUGAGGGACUUCACAUUAAAGGAGAAAGAGAGAAGUGCCUAUAUCCACCUCUUCAAUGACUACUUGCUUCUCUCGUUACCCAAAGAAAGUAGUCGAUUUACCGUGAUUGAUCACGCUCCUGUAUCAGACCUGAGAGCUGAAAACUGCAGAGUCAAGCUUCAUUCACUACAGAAGAAUAUCUUCCGCCUGCACAUGGCACAGAAAUCCCUCCUACUACGAGCAGAAACGCUGGCUGAUAAACUGCGUUGGAUCUCUGCACUCUCUCGCCCUCAUCCUGAAAUUGACUUCAAUGCCGCACAGGACAUUCCACAGAUGCAGUGUAUUAGAGCCUUUGUAGCUCAGCAACCUGAUGAACUCAGCCUGGAGAAAGCUGACGUCCUGCUGGUUCAUCAGCAGAGCAACGAUGGCUGGGUGGAGGGAACACGUCUAUCAGACAGACUUCGUGGAUGGGUUCCUGAGUCUCACUUGGAAACAAUAGUGAGUGAAAAAGCUCGUCGGCGCAAUCUGAUAGACAUGCAGAAGAUUACAACUGCAACAGCUACAGCGUGAAGCGUUUGCAAGCAUCUCAUUUGGAGCCGCUGUGUCUUAAAUCCACACCGAACAAUCUGAAGCAGUCAAAAACUGUAAUGAGCAACGAACACUCCCAGAGCCAUGAUAACCACUCCCAGGGAUCUUCGACUUGUUCUAAGCUUUACACUACAUUAAGGUAUUACUGGAACCUUGAAUGUGAACUAUUACUUCUAAGAACUCUGGACUCUGCAAUACACAUUUGACUCUUUCAACAAGAUUGUAUAGAUUUUUAUAGGCAACAUUUCUAUACGCCGAGCGCUACAGAUAAAACGUGUCCAUGGUGUCGGACACGCAGAGGUCACGGGACACAGUGUAAAUGUUUUGCUUGUACAGAAAAUGGAAUAUGUUUAUAAACCAGUGUUGUAUUUAGGAGCGAUGCACAUUCUUGAGGAACAAGUAUGUUAACAUCCUCUUUACACUAACCAGCACAACAUUAAUAUGUCACAAAAAUGAUCUUACUGCUGUACCUCAGAUGGAUUUAUUUCAGAGCUUAACGUUUUCUGACCGAUUCUGCAGCGUGUUACAUGAUGUGUAGAUGCAUUAUUGGGAAUAUCCUUUUUAGCUCAGUGGGAAUGAACUAUAUUACACAAAUAGGUUGUGGCAACUAUCAUAAAUAGGCAGUAAUUAUAUGUGACCGUUAUUUGCACUAUUUUCAUAUUGUGCCGAAUUCUAUGCUGUAAUUCAGUAUAUUAUUGAAAAUUAAAGUGGAAUCAAAGAAAGAGGCAGAAA